AGGCCCCGCCCCCUCACGGCCCCGCCUCCCCGCGAGGCUUUUCUUCCUCCGCCACCGAACGCCGCACGCCACUGUUCGCCGAGAGGGAGGAGAGAGCGGAGUGUUCCCGAGCUCUGCCUAGUUGGGCCCAACCUUUGCUCCAAAGAUCAUGGCUGCCGAGGAUGUGGUGGCGACGGGCGCCGACCCUAGCGAGCUGGAGGGCAGCGGGCUGCUGCACGAGAUCUUCACGUCGCCUCUCAACCUGCUGCUGCUCGGCCUCUGCAUCUUCCUGCUCUACAAGAUCGUACGCGGGGACCAGCCCGGAGCCAGUGGCGACAACGACGACGAUGAGCCACCCCCUCUGCCCCGCCUCAAGCGGCGCGACUUCACCCCUGCCGAGCUGAGGCGUUUCGAUGGCGUCCAGGACCCGCGCAUUCUUAUGGCCAUCAAUGGCAAGGUGUUCGACGUAACCAAAGGCCGCAAGUUCUACGGGCCGGAGGGGCCAUAUGGGGUCUUUGCCGGAAGAGAUGCAUCCAGGGGCCUUGCCACAUUUUGCCUGGAUAAAGAAGCACUGAAGGAUGAGUAUGAUGACCUUUCUGACCUCACUCCUACCCAGCAGGAGACCCUGAGUGACUGGGAAUCUCAGUUCACUUUCAAGUAUCAUCAUGUGGGCAAACUGCUGAAGGAAGGGGAGGAACCUACUGUGUACUCAGAUGAUGAAGAACCAAAAGAUGAGAAUGCUCGGAAAAAUGAUUAAAGCAUUCAGUGGGAGCAUA